AUGAUUCUGGAAGAAUUAGUAAGUAGUUUUUUAUCGUUUUGCUCAAGUUUGAUGAUACAAACACCACCAAUACAUCGAGAACAAAGACAGUUUACAUUGAUAUUUGAAGAAACUCAUGAACAAAACGAAGUAUACGAUGGCUUAAUACACCGGGAGUAUGAGCAACAGCCAGAGCAGCAGUUACCUUAUUAUGAACACGAUAUAUCUGAUUUGGUACAACCAGAUGGACAACCUAGCCGAGACUUUGCCCAAUCAUUCCUCCGAAGUUUUCAAGCUAAUGUUGGAUUAGUAAUGGCGGUUGUUUUCAUAUUAGGUUUGCUUACACUUGGUAUUGUCUAUGUGGAUUUGAACACAACUGAUGCGUGCAUCGAAUGGAUGCAUAACAACUACAGUAUUCCAAGAGUUGUGAAGAUUUUCCAAAUUGUUGGAAUGUCUUUCGAAUUACUUCCAUUGUUUACAUGGUUUCCGGCAAGCAUUGUUAUGUUGUGGGGUUUCAAAGAGUUCAAGAAGAAUUAUCUAUCGUGUUUACUUGUCUGUCAGUUGGUGGUAGGAUCUAUAACCUGUGUUUAUAGAAUUGUUAUGUUUGACGAGGUAACACCAACCACAGUUCAUUUUAGCAAAUACAGGUUAGUAAACCGACAACUAUAUACAAGAUGAGUUGUCAGCUUUGUAAGUCUUCUACAUCCAAGUUAAGGAGAAUGUUGGGGAAGGGGACCCUGGGUACGAGACCCCAGUACGAGAUUGAUUAAUCGAAUGAUGAAGUGACGGAUCGACCAACGUUUGCAACGGAUUGAACUAACAAACAAUUCGAGGUCUUAAUUCUUAAACCACUGACCGUCCAUAUACGAGUGAUUGAGAAUCCCACUGAACGACGAGCAACCAGACUCAGCAAACAUAUUCAUUUACGAGUUUACUCUUUUCUUUAGGUUACCCGUUAACGUCUUGUUUACCUUUUCAAUCAUCUGUGGUGCUUACCUAGUUGCUCGUAAAUUCAAGAAAGUCAACCCGGUAACAUCCUACAGUUUGUUUCAUAUUUUUCUCAUCCUUUCGUUCGCCUUCUUGGGAUCCUGCUUAAUUUCUAAUAUCUACACCUAUAUUAUUAUCAAAUACUUUAAGGAAAAACAAGGCAAGGUCAAAAAAGCUAUAAUCGCCGUACUCACGCCUGGGAUAAGUUUGCCUGUGACUGCAAUAGCAAAAUACCUUGUACUGAGAAAGAGCUCGGAGAUUAUUACACCAGAUCGUGCUUUUGUAUUGUGUUAUUUCCUACGCGGGGCUUCCAUUGUACUGUACCGAACAAUGCAAUCACAUUUUCAAAAUAUCUGGCUUUUCAUCGGAUUAUCUCUGUUACAUGGUGUCUCAAAUGUUCUCAGUAAAGCAACACUUAGCUUUCGUACAAAAAUGUGGAAGUUUUUCAUCAAAUGUCUAAACAACACUUGCUGUGGCGCAAGAUUAGAAGUACAACCUUUAAAUUCGCCACGUAUUCGUCGAUUUAACGCAGAUCUUGAAAUUCAGAAUAUCUUAUUCGAGUACACUACGGUCAUCUUAAGUCAGGCAUAUUUGGCGUGUUAUCUUGUAAUGAGUUUCGAUAUCUCACCCUGGCAAGUUAUACAAGGUUCUUUAACCAGGAUAGCCAUAAAUUUGGCCUUAGAUUUUGUAUUCAACAUGAUUUCAGUUUUCAUUCAAAUUCACUAUUAUGACAUCCCAAUGCGAAAGGUCUGGCUGAAAUAUUGGCCGCGUCACGUGGCUGCAAAUGCGUUAAUCAUUAUCUGUAUGGUAUCGUAUUUUGGGCCAUCACUGGUCAGUGUGUUUGCAGGCUACAAGUACAUUUGGAAAGAAUACAAACUUAGAAAUUGUACAUCGAUAUUUUAA